AUGUCAAUGUCAUUGUCAGUUUAAAUUGUAAAUAAAUAUUUUUUGGCUGCUGAAAAAGCUGAAAAAGUGUAUUUCCAUUAUUUUACAAACAGCGUGCAAUGAGAAAAUUGAUGUUUUAACCUCGUGUUAAAAGUCUUAACGCUUUCAAGACAGCCAUGUUAUGAUUAGCAUGAAAAUAUCUCCUCUGAAAUAUCUAUUUUGUUUGAUUCCCAUCAAACCCACAUAGAGAAAAGUUUAGAAGACUAAGAACUAAUUUAAAUAAGCUAAAUAUGAUAUCUUUAUAUGUUGAAAAUGGCAUUGCAUAUGUGUGGAACUCUGAAGAUUGGUUUAUCCUACGAGCUAAUCAUCGCAUAUGUGGUUCCCUCAUCGGUUCCAUACCAUCAUUCCCGAGGCAAAAUGAUUUCUUAGGACUACCUAUGGCUUUAACUUCUGAGGAAGCUGCAUUGUUAGUCGAGAAAGGAGUAUGCGAGUUAUUUGCAUUACCUAAUUUAACAACAAAACCAACUGAAGAAGAAAAGCAGAGAAUAAAGGAACUGGAACAAAAUGUUUUAGCUGAACAAACUGAAGCUUUGAAAAAACGGAAAAUAGAACAGUUGUCACAGAAGAUAGACAUUAUAAUUGCAGGGAAGAGACAAAAAUUAUUGUCCAAAGGAGUUACUGAUAUUCAGUUGGAUAAACAGACACUAUUGCAAGAGGAAAUUAGUAAAUUGCCAAAGUUAGCUCCAGCUCAUGUUCUAACACACUUGCCAACAGAACAUUAUAUCGCCACAGAAAAGAAAAUAGUUAAUAUUGAUGUGUUACAUCCCAGUGUUGUGGAAGGAAAAGGUGCAAUAAAAUAUAAAAUCUUCAAGAAUUUAUGGGAAAAACACUAUCAUAUAACUAAUGGAUCAAAGUUCGGUUGUGAUUAUCUUCUAUAUCCAGGAGACCCAGUGAGAUUCCAUGCAACCUACAUGGUGCGAUGUAUCUAUGACCACACAGCUACUAUCAGUCCCGCACAGCUUGUGGCAUUUGGAAGAUUAUCAGUAUCAGUAAACAAACUAGCUGUCUUAGCCUUUUAUAAUUGUCAUGGGAAGUUAGAAUAUCAAACCCUCCAAUGGCAUGAUAAUGUUAUUUGAAUAUACAGGUUUAUGAACCCUUA